CACAAAUUAGUCAUAAGAACAUCAGUGUAAAGAAACGAAACUAAUCUGAGAGGCGGAACAACGGACAGAUAACACGGAUAAAUGAUGUGCUUCACGUAUCUUAUCUCACUUCUCUCGCGGCUCUUCGGCUGGAUAUAUCGUAGUGAUGGAUUCUGAUAAUGGGCACGAAACGCCCGUGUUUUUUGAUCUCGAGACAACAGGACUUGACACAUUAAAAUGUGAUAUCGUCCAGCUGUCUGCCAUCAGCGGAAAGAAAUCGUUUAACGCGUACAUGGUGCCCCGGUGUCCUAUGACAGAUGAAGCCGCUCGACUCACGGGUUUGACGGUUCACGAGGGAACCUUACACCUCCACCGGCGACCCGUACCAACCACUCCGUACAGACAAGCGCUCACCGGAUUCAUUUCAUUCCUCAGAACCGUCAACAGACCCUUUCUUGUGGCUCAUAACAGCAGAAAGUUCGACUUGCCCGUUCUGAUGAGGGUUCUGAAGGAGUUCGGGCUGGUUAAUGAGUUUAGGGAGGUGGUGUCCGGGUGUGUGGACACCUGGAGAAUGAGUAAAGAUAUGUUCCGUCUGACGAGCUACUCGCUGAAGAACCUCGUCGAUCACUUCCUGGGACAGCCGUACGGAGCUCAUGAUGCGACCGAGGACGUCCGGGUCCUACAAGACCUCUACAGAGUAUGGAACCCCCGUAAAGAAGUUGUGAUGAGGCACAAAACCAUCAUAUAUUAGACAGUUUUUACAGACUCAGACUUUACAACUCAGGAAACUUUAAUUUAUAGUUAACUAUUAUGGGAGACGCAAAGUGACGAGUUUAAAUGAAAAAAAUAAAUGAAUGUUGAACUAUGUACAGAUAGAUAUUUAAGUCCAGAAAUAGUACAAAUGUAGAUGCAUAGAAAUGCAGGCAUAUAAUGUAAUUUACUUUUUCGUUUCCAAGUACAAAUUUCCCAAUUUUCCUUAUUUGAAUCCCUGAUCUUUGUAAAAUAGGCCUAUUGCAGUUUUUGUUUCGUCACAACGUCUGAGUAUUUAACUCAAGAAUAGUGGUUAAAUUGGUGAAAUUGUUAUUUUACAUUACGGGUUCUGUAAGUGUGUAAAAAUGAAAAUAGCUUAUGUCUAAAAAGCAUCAUUGGAAUUUGUAAAUGCUCUGCAUGCAAUUAACAUUUUUGAAAAAUAAAAUCAUAACAUUAUACAUGUUAAA